AUGUAUAAUACAUUGAUAAAUAAAUUGAGAUUUUUCUACAAGCCUUAUGCACUUGCAGUUGUUUCUAUUGGGUAUAUUGUUGGUGAAUUGGGGCAUUAUUUAAUUGGAUCAACUAGUAAAGCAACGGCAAUUGAUUUGCACUACGGUGAUAUAUCGUGCCAAUUAAAUUCAACUGAAUUUUCAGUAAUUGAUUUACCAGUCCAAUGUGAAGCUGCCAAUAAUUCUGAUUAUUGCUCGUCAUUGGAGCUUAAUGGUACUAAAUAUUGCGAGUGGAAUUACAAUGGAUUGGGCCUAGAUUAUCAAAUAUUAGCUGGCCCAAGUUUUAUCGCAGUUUUUACUGUGGUUGGAGUUGCGUUAGGUAUCGCUGCUGAUAAGUUUAACAGAGUGAGAUUGUUGGCAAUUUGUACGUUAGUGUUCAGUAUCGCCAUUAUUCUCAUCGGAACUGUCAAGGAAUAUUGGCAAUUGGUGAUUCUGCGUAUGGUUUUAGCUGCUGGGGAAGCCGGAUGUAAUCCAUUGGCCACGGGACUUUUGUCAGACUGGUUUGAUGAAGAUCAGCGUGGAUUAGUUAUGUCGAUAUUCAACUGGGGAAUUUAUGGGGGGUAUGGUAUCGCAUUCCCGGUCGGCCGGUAUAUUCCUAAACUUAACGCUUGGGAUUUGGGAUGGAGAGUAUGUUAUUACGGAGCAGGAAUAAUAGGGCUGAUAAUAACAGGACUUACUGCAUUCACCCUGUCAGAACCCCAAAGAAAGUCUAUUGGGGAAGAAUCUACCGCCAACAAUUCUAAUAAUGAAACGACCAAAUUAACAGUUUGGAAGGUUAUUUUCCAGCCGAGGAUUGUCCUUCUUUGUCUUGCUGCUAGUAUCAGGCAUUGCGGUGGAAUGUGUUUUGCCUACAACUGCGAUCUCUACUACCGUGAAUAUUUCCCAGAUUACGAUCUAGGUUGGUGGCUGUUUGCAGUAACAAUCGUUAUUGGCAGUAUCGGAGUGGUGGUAGGUGGCGUGGUCAGCGACAAGUUUGUAGCUAAAAUGGGAAUCAGAUCCCGGGUUGCAGUUCUAGCAAUCAGUCAGAUCAUAGCAACGCCAUUUGCUUUUGGCUCUGUUUAUUUCAACCCACUUGGUGCAAUGAUCACUUUGGGGAUUUCAUACUUUUUUGCUGAAAUGUGGUUUGGAAUAGUCUUUGCAGUAAUGGUGGAAAUAGUUCCCCUUAAUAUGCGGUCAACAACUGUCGGAGUGUUCCUGUUUGUUAUGAACAAUAUCGGAGGUAACUUACCAAUUUUGGUGGAACCUACUCGCCAGGUAAUUGGCUUCCGGGAGAGUCUCUAUGUUUACUACGCAGGAUUUUACGGGAUUAGCUCGAUAAUGUUUUUCCUUACUAUGUUCCUGAUGGACGGCGGAACAUCUAGUAAUAAUAAUAGUGAAAAGCCAAUCGAGAGUGGCACCACUGCUAGUGCAAACAUCGCCAGCAAUAUCGAGAUAAUUAACAAAACAAACGGAUUAUUGGCUCACAACAAUCCCGCUGCUUAUGCUCAUGACAACAAAAUGUUUAUUGAUGAUUCUGGAAAAGUUACUUUGGAAUUACCACCCCGGUUUACUUCCAGGUUUAAUAAUUAUGAUUCUUCUGAUAACCCAGAAUUCUAG